CACACACACACACAGAGCAGAGACGUCUCAUCGGACAAACAGCAGCGUCGUUUCUAUCCAGCACUCGAGCGUCUCACGGCGGGGGACAGAGAUGGGACCUCGGACAGCAGUCACUUCCUCUAAGGAGGUGAAGGCGGCGGUCAGAGGCGGAGCUCGGCUGAGGAGCAGCAGUGAUGGAAGCAGGUACAGCAGGAGAGAGGUCGGCUCCUCCCCCUCUUCAUGCUCCUCCUCCUGCUCCUCACCUGUGCUCUUCAACCCCAAAUCAGUUCUGAAGAGGCCGGUGAGCACCGACGAGCUGCAGACACCAGGGGGCGCCUACGUCAAAAAGACCUUCACUAUCGUGGGUGACGCAGUGGGCUGGGGUUUCGUGGUCAGAGGAAAUCGUCCGUGUCACAUUCAGGCCGUGGAGCCCAGCGGUCCGGCAGCUGCUGCAGGGAUGAAGGUCUGUCAGUUUGUGGUGUCGGUCAAUGGACACAGCGUCCUGGACCUGGAUUACCGGAGCGUGAGUCACCUGAUCCUGACCGGACCCAGGACUGUGGUGAUGGAGGUGAUGGAGGAGACUGACCACUGAGGGGCGACAGAGAGCCGACACUCCACUCUAUGUCUGUAGUUCAUAACCCAGGCCUGUAUGUGGCGCUGUAACGCUGCCUGAGACAUACUCUAAAAAAGUGUGGAAUGAAGUUCACGGGUCAAGGGUUAGAGGUGGAGCUAUGACAUCACUCCAAUAAUCUGAAAUUAUUGUGGAUUUUUCCCGGAACAUCGUACGUAGAAAAUGAUGAUUCACAGUACGGCUUUUUUAUCUUUAAUGAUUUUUGAC